AAAUUAAAGCGGAAGAAACAAAUAAUUUUGUAAUAAGGAUAAGAAAGAAUUAAUAAAUAAAAAUGUUGCAACCACCCAAUAACUCGCAACAGCCAGAGGGAUUUAGCGAAAGUUCUGGCGCUACUGGAGGUAGACCAUUUCAUUCCCAUUGGUAUGGCUACUCAAAAAAAAGUGAAAAGGGAAAUACUAUUGCUCAAUGCAUAAAAUGCAAGCAAUUUAUUCGAAACACGGCUAUUAAUAGAAUGCAAUUACAUCGGAAAAAAUGCCACCUUGAUCCGGAUGACGAAGACUCUGAAGCUCGUAUUGCAGAAUCGGAUGCAUCUUCUCCAACGACAUCAAACAUCCAAACAAAAAUUAAACAUUUUUUUUCGUAAAGUAACAAAGACUGAUAAAGAAAGACUUGAUAUUCGGGCCGCCAGGUUUUUUUUCGCUUGCAAUGUACCUUUUGUUGCAGCAAGCAAUAAAUACUUUAAGGAAUUUUGUAACGCAAUGCAACCAACUUAUAAACCACCAAGCAGAAAAAGAUUAGCUGGUCCACUCUUGGAUGCUGUGCACAAAGAACAAAUUGAUUUAAAUGGAAAUUUUUUGAAGGAGGGUGCCUAUUCUGUUUUGCUAAUUGAUGGAUGGAAAAAUUCUGCAUCGAACACAAAAAAUGUAGCUGCAUUAUUGCACAACUGUGAUCAUAGAAUUUUUUUAGAAUCCUAUGAUUUUUUAAACUUGAGGGAAACUUCGGAAAACCUUGCAGAGAUGGUAAAGAAUGCUGUUGCCUUGGCCAAAGAUCGAUAUAAAGUUGAAGUUUUUGCUGUGGUAACGGACAACGCUGCCAAUAUGAUUUCAAUGGGCCGUAUUAUAGACUUAAUUCACACAACGUGUAAUGCCCACAUUGGAAACUUAUUAUCCAAGGAUUUAAUACGCAAAUACGGCACUGGUACAGAAUUAAAUAAUGUUUCUGUAAUUAGCCAAAGACGUCACACACGGUUACAGUCUCAACAAAUUGAUGAUUGCUUCGUUAUGCAGGAAGACAAUCCCAAUAAUAGCUCAGUUCUUGCAAAGGUGCAUAAAAUUGUCAAUGAAUUUAAAAAAGCUAACCUUGAAAAAAAAUUAACUAUGCUUGGAGGAGCUAAACCAAAAUUGCCGUGCGCAACUAGAUGGUGCAGUGAACGUGAUGGUCUUUUUUGGUUAAUUAAUAACAUAGCCAGAAUGAAACAAAUAAGUGCAGAAACUAACACCGACGGAAAACCUUACGUAAAACCUUCAGUAAGUGAACUACUUUUUAAGGAAGAUUUCAUUCACUCGGUUAAGGAGCUACUAGAUUUGUUAAAUCCUGUAACUAUACUGAUAAAAAAUUGUCAGAAGUCUGUAAAUUCUAUUGCGGAUGCAACAGAAGAAUGGAUAAAUCUACUUGCUUCAGCAAAUCCAAAAUUAUAUGAGGUAGCCACAGAAAGAUGCAAAACCAGUAAUGUUUUUAAUAAAUACAGCCUCACAGCUAAUAUGUUACACCCGCUUUACAAGGGUAGUCAACUGAAUGCAGAACAAAAUGAGAUGGUGGAAGACUUUUUGUUGGAAAAUCUUGACGAAGAUGGGUUGCAGUCACUUUUAGAAUACAAAAAGUCUACGGGAUUUUUCGCCCUAUUAAUGGAAAAAACCACAAAGCCUGAUUUAUUCUGGGAUAUGGCUGCAAACAGACAUAAAUCACUGGCAAUUUUUGCACAAAAACUUCUUAUGAUUCCAGCUUCAACAGCUCAACUGGAAGGUAUUUUUUCAAACUGGUCACACGUCCACACUGAUUUACGAAAUAGGUUGGAUGCAGAGCGAUCUAAAAAAUUAUUAGAAGUUUAUUUUUCUUUAAAAAUAAAUGAAAACAAGGACGACUACUAUCGUGCUGACGAUGAAACAGAUUGUAGCGAAAAAGAAAAUUAAAAUUUGGUAUCUUAAUAUAAGAUAAUUUUUAAAUUAAAUACAAAAUAAUUUGUAUGUUUCAAAACUGAAGUACCUUUUUGUUAUUAAACAAAUUUUAUGAUUUAAUGCAAUAUUUUAAUAUGUAUUAGCUUUAAAAAACAUAUUUUUUUAGCACAUAAGCAUUGUAUUUAAAACCUGAAUUAUUUUUAAGUUCGUUUAAAUAAAAUGUGAUCUCAAAACACCAUAUCAUGUUAUUGUUAUUGUAAUAAUAAUCAAAAUCCAGGGAAAUCGGUGCCGACUAUAUAAUACCCUACACCUGAAAUAUAAAUGCAAAUUUACCGUUAUAAUAAUAUGGAUGUAAUAAUUAAUUCUGAACCGAUAUGGCUGAACUUUGACCUUAUAGUAGAAAAUCGAUCGAAACCUAUAUACAUAAAAGCUAUAUCGAAAUAUAAAUGUGACAAAAAAAAUCAAUAAUAUAUUAAAUUUUGUCCAAAUAGGAAAAUUGUCUCUACUACGGAUUUAUAGUUUUAAACCGGCAAUUCGUAUUUGGAUAUGGGAGCUAUAUCCAAGUCUGAUUCAAUUUAGACCAGAUUCCGCAUACAUAGCGUACCCAUCGUGGUACCCAUCGAUAAAAAGCCUCAAUUAGUAAAAAUCAGGCAAUGCAUAUAUAUGGGAGCAAUAUCUAAACCAAAGAAACCGAUGUUUAUGAAUUUCACCUGUAUUGUUGAGAAUUUAGCGUGUGCCACAAUUCGUGAAGAUCAGCUAACAAAUGACCACAUUAUUGCAAUAUUGGUAAAAAUCGUGUAAACCUACGGUAGCUUUUUCUAAUUCUGAACCGAUUUUUUCCAAUUUCAAUAUUGUUCGUCUCCAGGAGGAAAAAAUUACUUAUGCCAAAAUUUUUAGUUAAUCAGAUCAAAAAUUCGACAUAUUUUCGUUCGAAAUUUUUUUUCUGUCAGAAACCUAGUUUUUUGGCUAGGUUUACGACAUUUUCGACGUAUGUAAUAUACGUCGGAAA